AGCACCAGAAACAGGGAAGUGUGUUUAUUUAUCAUAAGUUGUGUUCUUGUUCAUUUUAUGACCCAUUUGUAUACAAAAAUGUCAAUAGAUAUUCAAGGAACGUUUGUUUCUCAAAAAAUAAAUAAAGUCAGAUGGAUUCCUGAAGAUUAUGCUGAAACAAAAUGUUUUCUCACCGGUAGUUGGGAUGAUGAGGUCAACUUAAUAACAGUUUGGACUUUUGAAAGUGUUAACGAAGACGAAGAGGUAGAAUAUCCUCGUGCCCUUACCAAGUAUCCAGUAGAUGAUGAUGUUACACAAAUAAAAUUCACGGAAAAAAACAAAAUAGCCGUUUCAAUAUCUAAUGGUGAUGUAAAAAUACUUGAAAUUAGUGCUUAUGAUAAACAAACACCACUUAAAGAAAUAUUUUCUUGGAAGUCUUUACAUAACUACGGUAAUACAAAAUGCUCUGCAACAUCUUUGGAUACAUAUGAAGGAGACAUAGCUAGUAUUGGUGAGGAUGGCAAUGUGAACAUAUUGAGUGGCCGAAGGGGUGAAGUCAACCGUACAAUCAAAGGGGCUGAUAGCUGUUCAUUGCAUUCCAUUUGUUAUUUAAAACACACAGAGGUUAUAACAGGUAACAUUCGAGGCCACAUCAAAAUUUGGGACCUUCGAUCUGAAGUAGACAAACCCGCUGCAUCAUUCUUACUAGCUGGAGAUGAGUUAGCCGCGACAUGCAUCAUCAAUCAUCCAACACAACCUCAUAUAGUACUAGCAGGCAGUGAAUCAGGAUCUGUUGCUAUUUGGGACCUACGCAUGAACACAUUUCCUACAUCCCUCCUUAGUGCACACACAGGUGGAGUUACCGAAAUGCAAUUCCACCCAGAAAAUCCCCAGAAAUUACUAACUUGUGCAGUUUCGGGUGAACUGUGGGAUUGGAACAUGGAAACAAUUACAAAAAGCACUAAAGGACCAGACAACCAGCUGGUAUGGAUGCCUUUACAAGAUAAAAAUACAAUGAUGAUUAACUCUUUAAUGCCAUCAUUUCAUCAAGCUCUGAACUCUUUAGAUUGUGAAAAGGGAAGGAUUUUAUGUGGAGCAGAUAAUGAGGCAGUAUAUUUGAUAAAGAAUUUGAAGUAUUGAUUGUCAUUAUUAUGGUAUUAAAUGAUUUUAAUGAUGAAUCCUAAUACUACUCAUAAAAAUAAUUUAAUUUUAAGAAUUUCUACAUAAUGACACUUUUUUCUAUAAGAUAUAUUACUUUUUUUAAAAGAGGUUACAACUUGAAGAAAAAUUAAAAAAAACAACAGAAAGAUCACGAAGCGCUGUUUUUGCAUAGAAAAGAAAUAAAACAAUGUUCAAAUAA